CUCUCAGUCAACAUCCUCCUCACCUCACUCGUGCCUGUCGUCGGUCUCAUCUCGACUUGACCUCAUCUCUCGAGGGUUCCUGUCGGAUUGCUCACCACCACAGCGAUGCUCAACCACUCCCUGCGCCGGGUGGCGCGCACUUGUUCCACAACCUCUUCACCAGCCGCUCCAGCCCGCCCAACAACGCCCGCCGUUGCUUCCUUCACAUCGUAUGCUCACCAGAGACGGCACUCUUCUUCUAAGCCUCCUGUUCCUCCUAACAAUGGCUCUACCACCCUCCCCAAUGCUGUCAAGCAAGUCGCUUCUCCUGCUUCCGACUCCAAACGCGCUGCCGCCGACUUGAGGUUAUCAAGACGAAAGAUAGCAAAGGAGGCAAAGGCCGAUUCUCAGUACUACAACUGGACAACGACUCUUCCCAGCGUCCCAAGCUUACAACACUUGAAUCCCAAAGAUGUCUAUGUUGCCGCCUUCUUCGGCACCCACCGACCCAUCUCCAUAUCAGGACCUAUAACCCCAGAGGCCUCCAUGGACAACAUCGAUAAGAUGUUCCAGCCUAAGCCCAAAAGAACCCGUCCUGUUCCCCAGGAAGUCAUCUAUACCUUAUCAUCCACACUGGAAAACCUCGAUGAGCAAAUCUCCUCCAAACGAGCCUCUCACACCGCCGAGCAAAAAGCACACCUGAUUAAAGCCUUGGUAUCGGGUAAUGCCAACCUUGACCCCGACCAAACACAUCAUCUCGAUGGAAACCCUCAAUCAAUGGCCAUUCAAGGCGGAAAUGUCAAGAUUGCGCUGCAAGAGAUUGCCAGACGUUUCCGGCCCUACAAUGCUCCGCCCGCGCCCACUCCUGCCCAGGAUAUUGAGCCUGGAUCUUCAGAGGUACAAGAUGCUGCCGCAGAGGAAAUGCAAGCCCAAGCCCUCGAGACGGAGGUUCAAGAGCAGGAAUACGAUCUGUAUAUUGAACAGGCCGUCCUGAACGUGCCAAAGGGCUCUGCCCUACGUACUGGUGACUUUUUCACCAGCCACGAAGCUCGUCUCGCUGAGAUUGAGCACCCUCUACAGUCCUAUGAGAUUGAGAAUCCCGAGAAUCCUUAUCAUAUCCAGGAUCCCUCUAUUCAACCGUCCAUGGGCCGUCGUCGAGGCCCUGGGCUUUACCGAAUUACCAACCGAAGCAGGACACCGACCAUGAUGGCGAUAAGUGUCAAGAGGCAAAGGCGACUGAAGAUGAAGAAGCACAAGUUCAAGAAAUUGACUCGUCGAGUCCGCAACCUGAAGAUGCGCCAGGGCAAGAUCUGAACUCUCGCCCCCGUUGUCUGCGUGGAUGAAAGAGAACAUGGUUGCAGUGCGGAUGCUGUAGCUGGCAAUCAUUCGUCUUGGCCCUCUAGUCGCUGCAUUGUUACGGAGGCGUUAUUGCGGGAGGAAAGGCACUCCUGCAUAUGCAUCAAUCGUUUUGCGAUUUGCUCACUUGGUUCAUGGCAUUGCUCUUCGUCUCCAGGCGUGGCAAUGCAAUGCUGCAACGAACCAAACACAUCAUAAACUCAAUCCAUACAUUCUCCACGGAUUCUUCUCUCUCCUGUUUGGCGUUUACAUAGAUAGUUGUCCGUUCACUGCCUACGAUGGGCAGAGCAUCGUGCCAGCCUUACGCGUGUAGAGUCAGGGAACAUGGCAUUGCCGCAGUCUACCAAAGGAGACUAUUCCAGCUGAUAAUACAAUCUCUCUGAUGUUGC